GAAUGUUUUCCGCGAGAAUAAUAGGCGGAGAGUCGUCGGAUCAUCGUCGCUGCGUGAUAUCGGACGAGACGAAUUAAUUGCAUUCUUGGGACUCGGACACUGUCGUUAUUUCUGCGAUACGUACACGCACACGUAUAAGCACGACUGACCACGUGGGCUGCAUAUACCGAGCAGCGCUGCAUUCAUUCAGCGGCUGUAUCACGUGAUACGAGUCAUCAUCUGUCGCAUUGAGAAAACGUGACCGGGAGACGACCGAGACACGCCACGCCGGGGAGGUUUCGCCGAAAGACUACGAGACGCGCCGACGAGUCUACGAAAGAGGUUAGAUUGCCGCUCGUAAAUAGUAUCACGUGCAUUCAACAAUUGCGAAACUUUUGCAAGCGAAAGGACAGGGAAACCGCAAACAUUGUCAAUUGCAUAAAUCGUCAUGAGUUUGAGAUUUCUUAUAUCAAAUAAGCUGCAGCGCGCGAUAGAAAUACCAUCUGUCACUUUACAAUUGCAUGAGAAAUGUUUUAUGGCGUUAUAAAAUAGGAUUAAGAGAAUUUUCUACCGAAAUAUAUAUUGCUUUGAGUCGAAAAAUUAUUUUGUAUAGCUUGUUAGAAGAGAGUUAGGCUUUUUUAUAUUUUUAAUUAAAAUUGUAAAAGAUAGGAAAAUGAUGCUGGAUCAAAGCCUGUUUUCGGAGCACAUAUUUAGUUCGAAGUUUCAAGAAGAACUCAAAAAACACUGGCACUCCCAAUCUGAUUUUAAAAGUGCCGAUUUUGAAGUCAUAUCGAAACCAUUUAAAAUCUGUAGAAUAUCAAAUCUUAAAAAUGAGGGGUUUAUAGACAGUUUAAAAUGCGAAUUGGAAAAUUAUGAACACAAACGCAAGGUCACGGAUCUUUAUCAGUUUGAGAAAACUAGCGAUUUGUCUGAUGCAUCCGAGUAUUGUAGCAAGAUGCUGUAUCAAUCUUUUCAAACAGAUUUAGCAUCGUGGAUGGAACGCAAUACAAAUAUUAAGUUAAACGGAACUAUUUCUAUGUCAAGUGCUCGUUACUACGAAACAGAUUAUUUAUUGUGCCACGAUGAUAAUAUGGGCGAUAGGAGAAUAGCUUAUAUAUUAUAUUUAUCGAAAGGUUGGACGGAAGAGGACGGAGGUACUUUAGAUCUUUUUGAUACGGAUGAGCAUUGCGCUCCCAUAAACAUAGUAAGAUCAUUAAUUCCGGAAUAUAAUUCUCUCAUAUUCUUCGAAGUUGUUGAGAAUUCUUAUCAUCAGGUAGCCGAAGUAAUAACCGAUGACAAAUGUCGAUGGUCAGUUAAUGGUUGGUUUUACGGUCCUUUAAGAGAGAGUCUUAAACCGCCAAGAGUUCAAUCGAUAAAACAUUUCAUAGAACCAAACACCACGGAAAUAGAAUUAAGUUCUUGGAUCUCGAACCAAUAUCUAUUAGACAAUAUAAUGGACCAAAUUCACGAGGAUUUCAUGAAAACAUCUUACACACUUCUUGAAUGCUUCUUGCAAGAAUCUGUGUACAAGCUAAUUUUGAAUGAUUUAACGUCACAAGACAUCAGCUGGCAGAUGAUUGGCCCUGCGGACAUACGUCAUUACGAGGUAGCCGACGAACAAACCUUACCAAAACUGUUGAAAGACUUUUGCGAUAUAUUUAAAUCUAUCACCUUCUUUGAACUGCUAUGGAAAUACACGGAGCUCGAUCUUGUGCCUGACGAGGAGAGUAUGAGGCCUAAGAUGACGAUAGAACUACAGAGAUGGUCGGCAGGCUGUUACACAUUACUGUACGAUAAAUCGCUAUUGAAUGAUAGCACAGAUGAGAUAGAAAAAACUCCUGAGCUCAGCGACAAGUCGAGCACUGUAGCAUCGGCUGGUGCAUCGACCUCAAAGUCCUCCGAGAUCGAGGGCGCCUUGAAUUCAAGUCAGUGUAAAAGGAAAAGAGUCGGCUCUUCUGAUAAAACUGUGACAAGUUCGUGUCACAAGAAGAAGGUAACUAAAUAUCUCGAUACCCAGUCUGACGUCUGCGCGAAAUCUCCGAAUAAGGAUCCCGAAUAUGACACGGAUGCGAGCGAGAAUUCUUUGUCUCAAGACGAGAAAUUGUCUUCUAGUAAUGCAGUAGAUGACAGCGAGAAUGAUUCCAUCAAUGAUCAGAAAUUCAAGCUUGACGUUAUGCUACAAUUUCACACGUUAAAUGAUAAAGGCUCACCAAAAACAGAAACUACGAUAGAUUUUGUAGAUCCUAAUAGAGAGGAAGGUACUAUAAUUCAACUUCCAGCGAUGGAUAAUCAACUUUGUCUAGUUUAUAGGUCAUUAAUGCUAAAUCGUCUUCAACAGUAUCUUAAUCAUCAUUAUGAGGGCUAUUCUUAUAGUUUGAUAUGUUCGUAUUAUGAAUAGUCGAGUAUGUGUAAUAUAUGGUAUUAGACUUUAGUUAUAAAUCGAUUAUUUUGUCAAAUAAAAUUAUAAAAAGAAAGAAAAACAAUUUUUAGUUUAAUUUUGUUAAUGACCGAGAGCGACGCUCUUGAAAAGAAUAUCAAUAUUUGCUUUAUGAACAAAAAUUAUAAAUACAUCAUUAAUAUUUUAAUA